AUGCAAAAGGUCAUUGACACCCUCCCAUGGCCAGUCAGCUUCGACGUCUAUACUACAGGCUUCGAUGUCUUGUUUACGGACUCCCGCUCCGAGUCACACUUCAGCGAACCCAGCAUCGUCGACUUCCUGGUUGCCUCUGCCAAUUUCCUGGAGUACGAAGGCCACGGCCCCGAACGCAUGGAGCGCGUGGCGUUUUCACUAGGCCAGUGUUUCGACAUAAAGGUUUGGGAGGAGAAGGGGUACCUGGAGAAGAUUGAAGAAGACGUUCGAGAGAUGUUUGUGCAGGCAGCUGGGACGAUCAAGGAGGUGCUGGACGAGAGGGAGUGGGACUCUAUUAACGGCGUGGAGGAGAAGGUCAACAAUAUGCAGAAGAACCUCAUGGAUUUGAAAGGCGCACAUGCAAAAGACAUAAAGCGGGUGCAAGACACACAUUCCAGAGACCUCAAGCAACUGCAAGAGUCGUACGCGAAGGAUCUCAAGGCUUUGGAAGCCAGGCUUUCCAAAUCGGAGAAGGACAACCGCGCAGCUGUGGACGCCGCUCUUACCAACUUUCACCACGAUCUGCACAAGGAGAGGCACGAACGUUUGCAGGUCGACGCUCGAGUAUCUUCGAACUAUGCCAGCCUUUGUCGAGAAAUUGCUGCACGCAAUGAGAUGAACGACAAUCAGAUUCGCGAUUUGCGGACCCGGCUGGCCGAGGGCGAGGCCAAGGUCACCGGCCUCGAGGGCCAGUGGAAGAAAGAGGCUUCGAAUCUUACCUUCGCCGACAAGCAACUAAUAUCCUCCCUUGUAACUUUGGGAGAAAAGGUCUACAUGGAUCACACGUUCCCUGGCUUCGAAAGGAGGGUCGACAACUGCAUCACUCGCUAUUUCGUGGAGUUCGGAAGCGCCCCAUCGCCUCACGAUGGCCAUCAAGCUGACGUGGAGAAGGUCAUCGACAAUCUCCCGUGGCCCGUCAAGCUCAACGUCCGCACCAAAGGCUUUGCGUGUACAUUUACGGAGCUCAAGUGGCGCUUCAAUAAACCCGAGGUUCUCGAGUUCUUGAAGGAGUACGCGGAGUUCCUCCAAUCUGAAGGACAUGGACCAGAGCGAAUGGAGCGUGUCGUCUCUUCAUUGACGCAGUGUUUCGACUCAAAGGUGUGGGAGGAGAAGGGGUACCUGGGGAGGAUAUGUCGAGACGAUGUUCGUGAGAUGUUUGUCAAGGCGGCAGGGGCGGUCAAGGACGUGUUGGACUCCAGGGAAUGGGUCGCACUCUCUGAUUUGUAG